AUGCUUGCCUUUGUCGAUAUUGGGCUGGGUUUGUUAGGAAACGAACCCUGGCAGUAUCCACCUGUAUUUGGUUCUAGCACCGGUGUGAUGGAAUUAAAUUUUCAGGCAAUUUGGGGUGAAUGGUGGCACGAUCUAUUUCGAUUCACAUUCCUGGGCGUUGCUGACUGGUUCAUCCGCGCCAGCAAGGCAGAGCAAUGGGAGCACAUUCUUGUUCUGAGCAUCCCUUUUGUUUUCUAUGCCGCAAUACACGCCUCUCUUUCAUAUGCAGUCUCGCAUGACCCCCAUGCAAGUGCUUUGGUGGUGGUCUUUGGGGCCAUUCAGCCCCUGAUUAUCCUGGUUCAAGUGAGACUGCGCAUGUCUAUGGACCGCAAUAAAAAACUGCUCCAUGACUUGAUGGGAUUUAUUAUUCUGUCAAGCACCUUUGGGCUGUUGCUGGGCAACCCGGGCGUCCUCGGUUCCCUUGCCUCGUUUCCGAUUCCGAUUUCGGUUUGGCGCAAGGACAAGUCCAAUGUGGGAAGUGACCUGCUCACCAUUGCUAUGUAG